GUGAGGCAGGCGCGGGCAUGGCGGGCGUGAGCUACUCGCCGCCCUGGUGGGUGAGCCUGCUGCACCGCCUGCCGCACCUCAGCCUGCGCUGGGAGCUCACCGCCGCCGACUUCCGACCGCACGACGCCGAGUACCAGCAGGCCCUGCUGCUGUUGGGUGGCAUUGCUCUGUCCUGCCUGGCUCUGGACCUGCUCUUCCUCCUCUUCUACUCCUUCUGGCUGUGCUGCCGCCACCGCAAGAGCGAGGAGCACCUCAAUGCUGACUGCUGCUGCACGGCCUGGUGCGUCAUCAUCGCCACCCUCGUCUGCAGUGCUGGAAUUGCUGUGGGAUUCUACGGGAAUGGGGAGACCAGCGACGGCAUCCACCGGCUGACGUACUCGCUGCGCCACGCCAACCGCACCGUGGCCGGCGUGCAGGACAGGGUACUGGACACUGCAGUGGCCCUGAACCAAACAGUGGAACCAAACUUGCUCGUCCUGGAGGAGAUGUUCAAGAAGCAGACAGACUACCUGCAAAUUGUCCAGAAACUGCAAAGUCUCUUGGAUAAUCUGGUCAGGCAAACAACUGAGAUCCCCUUCUGGAAGAAUGACGAGCUGUCUCUGGAGGAGCUGGCAAUUCAGAUUGACCUCUAUGACUGGUACAGGUGGCUGGGAUACCUGGGCCUGCUCCUGUUCAAUGUCCUGAUAUGUUUGCUGGUGCUCUUUGGGCUCAUUAGAAACUCCAGGGCCAUUCUUAUGGGGGUGUGCUUGCUUGGGGUGUUUGCCCUGAUUGUCAGCUGGGGAUCCCUGGGCCUGGAGCUGGCUGUUGCUGUGGGCUCCAGUGACUUCUGUAUCAACCCUGAUGCUUAUGUCUCCAAAGUGGUUGAAGAGAAUGCAGUGCUCAGUACUGAGACUCUCCGCUAUUACAUGACCUGUAGUGCUGGCUACCCCAACCCCUUCCAGCAGAAGCUGUCAGGAAGUCACAAGGCUCUGGUGGAAAUGCAGGACGAUGUGUUGGAGCUGAUGAGGUCAGCAAGCAAAGAGCACCCCACCUCCAAGGAGUAUCUUACUCGGAUCCAGGAGGUUUUGAACUCCACAGAGAUCAACUUGCAGCAGCUGACAGCUUUGGUAGACUGUAGGAGUCUGCACUUGGAUUACAUCCAGGCUCUGACAGGAUUCUGCUAUGAUGGAGUGGAAGGCCUCAUCUACCUGGUUCUCUUCUCCUUUGUCACAGCCCUCAUGUUCAGCUCCAUUGUCUGCAGCGUCCCACACACUUGGCAGCAGAAGAGAGGCUCAGAUGAUGAUGGGGAAGAAGAAUCAACUGCUCAAGGGAGCAGGCAGACACACGAUAAUCUGUACAGAGUGCACAUGCCCAGCCUGUACAGCUGUGGCAGUAGUUAUGGCAGUGAGACCAGCAUCCCUGCAGCAGCACACACAGUCAGCAAUGCUCCCGUCACGGAGUACAUGAGCCAGAAUGCAAAUUUCCAGAACCCCCGUUGCGAGAAUACCCCGCUCAUUGGCCGGGAGUCCCCACCUCCCUCAUACACCUCCAGCAUGAGAGCCAAAUACCUCGCCACCAACCAACCUCGUCCAGAUGCUGGCAGUGUGCAUUAAAAUGAAAAAGCAAAAGCAAAAAGCAAAAAAAAACAGCAACAAAAACAAAAAACAAAACCCACACGUGCAGUCAGACGAAACAAUGUGCCAACUGCUGUGCCCCUGUGCUGUCCUUGUAGAACAAUCCUGCUGUUCUGCCCAAAAUCUAGUGCAGCUCCUUCUGUUUCUCCAGCCCAGACCGCCCUUCCAGCCUGGUACCUGGCCACUGAGUGGAAGCUCCUUUUGAAUUUAAGCCUUCACCCUGUAGUACAAGAGAGCAAAUGUGUGCUGGCCAGCAGCUGACAGCACCUGGGCAGGAACCUGGGCCCCAGCCCAUGGGCAGCUCACCAGAGCAGCCUGGCAGGAACAGGGGGUGAAAAUCUUCUGCCCCCUCCUUCCCCCUUCUGUUCCAAGAGGGACUUGGUGAAAGAUGGUGGUAGAUCUUCUUCACCUCUGCAGUGGGACCAGCAGCCUGCCAGACACUGAAGAAGCAGCUCUGGGUGCCUGUGGCUGGUGUGCAACGAGGGAAUGCUGGGGAUGCACAGCACAGGACCUGGUGGGAAUCCUCUGGUGAGGGAGGAGGGAGCUCCUGCCUCAGGGUGUCACUGCAUAUCCACUGGAAUUUGCUCCAGAAGAGCAAACCAUUUCACUACCCUGAUUAACUUUUUUUUUUUUUUGGAGUCCAUUAAGAAAAUGCCUUUUUUUCCCUAUCUAUAUCUAUAUGUGGAUUCUUGAGGAGGAGCAGAGGGGCCCAGCACAGUCAGUCUCCCUGUCCACUGCUCUGGAGCUGACUCUGCUCCACCAGGGAAGCCCAGGUAUUUACAGAUGGCAUUCUGGGUGCUGCCUUUCCCAGGCUGACACAGAUCAAACAGGAGCCAGCCACUCACUUGGUGCCAAAUUUUUCCAGGGAAAGACUUUUAAGACUUUAUGGGAGGUAUUUUUGCACUAAAGAGUUUUGGCUCUCCGAUGCUAGAUCUUAUGGGACAGUCAGCUUGCAAAAGCAAGAGAAACUGGAAGCACCAAUGGAUUUAUAGCAAAUGCAAGCUCUCCACGUGGGAAUGACCUGUGAACUCUGCUGGACUUUCUUUUUUUCCUUUUUUAUAAACCAUAAUCUACAGCACAGGGUUGCUGAAAUGGCAUUGAAGGAGGUUUUUGGAGCCUCAUUCAUAACAAACUCACCAGAUUGUCAGUGUAUCUUCUGUGUUUAGAGUCCAAAACCCUCGACAACAUUGUGACUGUCAGAACAGAUUUAUAUUUGAUUCUAUUUUGUUUAGUUUUCCAAGGCACAUUGCUAACCACUAUCUGACCAUACUAAUGCACAUGUAAGGCAUUUUCUAGACAUGAGGCAGAACAAGGCUUGCAAAGGGGCAGCUGGGUGCCUGCAGAGGGCAACAUCCUUCACUGGUGCUGUACUUCCCACUGCAGAGCAGUGCUCCAAAGGGCACUGGCAGCUUCCUGCUGGAAGAGGAGACUGCCUCUUGGGAGGUGCUGUCAACUACUGCCCUUUCACUUGGGUAACUAUAAUGUUCCUUUUUGUCUUUUUACCUCUUAGUAGGGGCAUCUUAGCAGAGCUGCUGAGCGUUUUAUUAAAUCACUGGCAGAGGAAAUUGAGUGGGAAGCAUCUCUCAAACUGGAGUGGAGCUGUUGGCAGAGGCAGUUCAUUGUCACCUCAGUGAUGUUCAGACUGAUGUUUGUUUACCCCACCUCUGCAGCUUGGGGCGCAGAAUUACCAACCUGCCUUUACUCAAGUCAGUUGCCUUCUUGCAGUGAGGUGGGAACUGCUCCUGGCAGGCAGCUAAACAGGCUGGAGGGAUCUGCUGGGAAAUGCCACCAGCUCUGUGGCACAGCAAGCUUGGAGACUCCUCUUAAGAUAGAAACCACUACUAAACUGCAAGGCCAGCUGUUACCAUUGGAAGGAGUGAGAGACAGGGAGGAGGCAUCACCACACAGACAGGAGGAGAAGGGUUUGGAAUAAACUUCACACUUCACCAUAAAUCUCUGGAAGCAGGAUGUUCUUGCUCAGGACUGAGUAUGCCCUUUCAGACACAUUGGAUGGGCUUCACACUGAAACAUUACCUCUGUUUUAUCAAAUAACAAGGGCAGGGAAACCUGGUCACAGGUGGUAUGGAGGGACACUGGCUCACGAGCCCCAGGGUUUCCAUCCUGUCUUGGAGCCUACCAGGAGCUGUGGGUGUGCAGGGUGUGGUGAUCUUGCAGGGCCCCAAGCACCCAACUGUUCUCUGGGGGAACCCCAACCUUUCCCUCACUCUGAAGAAAGAACCAAGAGCCAUAUAAUCCUCACUAACACUGAGUUGUUCUGCCAUCAUCCCUCCAUGCAAGGAUGUGCUCCGAUUGCCACUCACAUUAUCAAUUUUAGGGGAGCUGCCCUGAAAUCUGUGGCCCAGUCCUACUGGUGGAAGGCAAAUGUUUUGGAGGCUGGAGGGUGUGGGGAACCCUGUGAAAACAAGAGCUUCUGUGUACCAACUUCUGUGUGCACAGAAUGCACCCUGAACCUGCGUGUGACUGCGCUUUGGGCUGGGUCUGAGUUGUCACCGUGGCAUUGCCUGUGCCACACAGGAACAGGAGUGAGCCUUUGUUUGCAGCAUCCAACAGAGCAGCCACCUUGACCUGCUUCCUUCCAAGGUCUGGCACAGCCACUUCCAACAACCAGAACAACUUCUGACAGUGUUUGGGGCUCGCAGCAAGGCACAGCUGUGGAGAUACGUGCUCUGUGACUUCAACAUAUAACUGGAAAGAAUGUUAUGGAGGUAACAUUUUGCUCUCUGGGGGCCAGCACAACGUGACUGCGGUGUGAGCAGUGUACCUGUGUCCAGCCAGCACUUCCUUUACUUGACAUGGAUAUUGCACUUUUGUAAAGCAUCCUGGAACUCUGCUGCCCCGCUGCAUGCUGUGCAGAGCGCUGGAUAGGAAACACAGACAAAUGGGUUUCUUUUGGUUUAUUAUUAUUAUUAUUACUUUUUUGGGUUUUUUUCCUUUUUUUUCUUUGUUUUACUGGAACCUUGAGCAACAGUGUGGCAUUUCUGCAGGCUGGUCUGAAUGGAUCUGCUGAAGAACAGAUGGCCUUUGCCUAUUCUUAUGGCUGCGACAUAAUCAGUCUCAUCCAUAUGGUCACAUUCAGUCUGAGGAGGGGACUUUGAAAAGCCAAGAUCUCCCAGACUCUGUGCCUCCCUCUAGGGUGAACAGCAGGUGCUAUCUGGCAAAGACUCAUCUGUUCUGGAUGGCAUUCAUGGUUGAGGGAGUCCAAACUCUUCAAGCUGCAGGUGGUAAAGCUGUAGAGACUUCUCUCUCUUCCAUCGUGUCUCUCUGUUUUUAAUGUGACAAAACACCGAGGCCAUAUCACUUGGUGUGUCCUAGCUGACCUUGUUGGACAUUUCUCGUGUUGCUGGUUGCUAGAAAAAGGGUCCAGAAGUUGGAGGAGCUGAGAUUGGCCUCUGGACACCUCGCUGACUGCAGAGUGGACGGCAGCUUGUCCGGUUGAAGGUGACUGCGUCGGUGAAGACACUUCAUGUUACCUUUUCAGAAGCACAAAUGUGGUCAUUGGCUUGUCUGGUUGGCUUGGUUUAUUUCCACUGCAUCAUCAUGUGUGAAUGACACUUUCUUUUUGGAACUGAGAACUCUUCCAAGCACACAAACAUCUCCACAAUGUGAAAUGUAAAUAGCAUGUUGGACUCUUGUGUCCAGUGUUCAAGACUGCAUUGUAAUUGUAAAGGAAAUCAAAUCAAGACUUGGCUGUGAAUUUCUUGUGCUGUCUUGGGAAUUAUAACUGUAGUGUUUGUAUCCUGUAUGUAUUAUUAAACUGAGUUCAUUUUGUGUGCUGAUAAAAGGGUUCAAGCUAAGAUUUUUAGCGUGCAUCCAUGUACCCAAAUGUGAAGGCUGGAGUGCUCCCUUCCCCUCCUGUCCUUUUUAAUUUUCUCCAUUUGAUAGGUGUUGAUUUUCCGUGUACAGUCAUCUCAGCCAAGAUGCAAGGGAUGUUCAUUGGAGUGCUUUGAGGGGGACACAGUGCAUGGGGUUUUAAGUGAUCCUAAGUCAGGAUUUCCACAGCAGUUCCCUGAAACCACAUGAAAAGUUUGGCCUUUUUGAGAGUUCAAGCAUUUCUCAGGGAGCUGCUCAGCCAUUGCUCACGAGAGCUGUGGGUGCUGCAGGGGGUGGGAGGCAGGAGUGGGUGGGUGCCCCCAGAGCAAGGUCCAGGUACCUGUGGGAGCAAGCCCAGGCUUCCCUCCUGGUGCCUCCUUCUCUCUCUCCCUCCCAGCAGCCACUGAAAUACCAUUCUGAGCCCUUUGAAGAAGAGAGAGGUGUCUUGGCUGGUUGGUCCCUGCCACCCCCCAGUUCCAGAGGAGAUGGGGUGGGUGGGUUUCCCCUGAGCUCAGGAGAGGAGCUGCCUUUGGAGUUGUUCCUGCCUGGGCUCCAAGGAGCAGCCAGGGUCUCCCCCAGCCCAGCAAAUACCAGUGAACACCUCUGGGUGGGAGGGGAAAAGCCCAAAGCCCUCCAGGGAGGUGCUGAGGAGCAGAUCUCAAGCCUUGAGACAGGGACAAGGCUUGGUCUGCACCUCCUUUCACCACAGCCAGAAAUUGUGUGUGUGCUGUGGAUGGCUUCCCUAGGCUGCCCAGCAGAAUGUGGGAUGUUUUACAGCAGUUCCUAGCGGGCUGACAGGUGGUUUGUGCUGUCUCAGGGGGUGUGGGAUCUCUGCCAAGCUGUGAUGGUGAGUGUGCUGCCCAGCUGGGACGUGAGGGAUGGGUCACUGCUGGCCUGGAGCUCCCAGGUGCUCACCCAGCCCCUGUGGCUGCAUGAACCAAGUGGAACAUAAAUUGAUGUACAACCAGAAAGUUCAAAAUGCUCCUUUCCUAAAGAGGAUAACUGUAGCAUGAAGCUCUUAGGUGCUCUGCAUAUUUGAUACCACAUUGCUCCUCACUAUGCAAUUCCCAACUCCUUCCUUCCUGUUCCUCCUCUAAUCUCACACCAAGACUUCUGCAGUGGCCUCUGCCCAGGAGGCUGCUGGAGUCCCAGAAAAGCCUCAUUUCUUCCAUUGUCCUCUGCCCUGGGUGCAGCUGCCCAGCUGUCACGUCAUGUGCCUCAGGUCCCUUGGUAAUGGGAGGCCCCAUGAGUUUUAUUCACAUCAUUCAGAGGGAAGUUUAUUUUCUUGGACACUGUGCACAGAAAUCUAAUGGUGAUCAUGUACCUGGCCUUUUUGUAACUUCUCUGUUUCGUUUGUUUUUUUUUUUUUUUUCUUCUUAACCAUAAUGGUUGUAUAUCAUACCACUUUAUAUACAUAUAUAAUAUAUAAAUAUAUAUAAUUUUUUUUUAAACUUCGGACCUGCUAGUUUCUUUCAAGUGUUCCUGCACUUACCCAAAAUGUUUUUAAAUUGUGAAGAUUAAAGAGGAUUGAGCCCAUUUUUGUAUCUUUACUUUUAAUUCUGUAGUUCUCUUGAUUGUAACGUAGCUAUUUUUUACUGUAACUUUUUGGUUUGCAAAUACUAAACAAAAAAACCUAAAUGUAAUAUCUGUGGUUUCUAUUCAGCUUGGGUUUCAUGUUUUAAAAAUAAACGAUUUAAAACCAC